AUGGCGGUGCACGGUUUGUUUUGGUUCGGGGAAUGAACAACGCGUAUCCUUUCAAAGGAGAGCACAGUUCUUAACUUGAUUAUGGCCGACUUUGACGGCUUAGUAAGCAAUACUGUGGCUGUUUUCACGGAACUUCCUUUCGAUCUCCUGGAAGAAGAAUGGAUCGAGCUUGCGUGGAAUAGCAAGUACACAGACGUUCUGCCGCCCGAUAUCAACUUUGAUCAUUUGGACGAUGGAAACUGUGCUAUUAUCGAUCAAGCAUUAGCCGCAUGCGAAGUCUGUCAAGAGUGGUUCCGUCUGUACUCUCUGGAUGAUGACGGUGAUGACAGCGACAGGCUAUGGAAAACUCUAAUGGAUAAUGGGGUGCACUGUAAAACUCUGUUGGGACUGUUGUACGGUGUUAUCUCACAGGGCACCUCAGUGUCGUCAAAUUUGACACGCAAAAACAUCGCGCUUCGAUUUGCCAAACUGUACUUCAACCUGCUACUUGUGCCUGGAAGUACAGCCUACAGAAUAUUCCAAGAAAGCUUGUUCCAGCUUGCUCUGCAAUGUUUUCGACAACCCUCUAAACGAAGUACACCGCUGUUGGGGAACGACACGGGGAGCCGGGGAUCAUCUCAGGCGACGAAAAAACAAAGCGGCCGCAGAAAGCAGUCAACUCAGCAAGAAGAUGCGGACUUUCUGGAGCCGUCUGGGAGCCCAGACGUGGAGGAACUGUCGGAGCAAGCACUGUCUGAGCACAUGACGUUCAUGACGGACUCACUGCGGGAUUUAGUAUUGAUGUUGCAGUCAUUCAGCCUGCAGCCAUAUAUUGAGCUCACUGAGUACGUAGUACAGCAGCUGUGUGAAUUAACGCAGGUCGAUAUUCCGGGCUCACACGUUAGAUUUGAUAUCAGUUUAGACCUACUACAGUCCCGGCAUUAUCACUAUCGCAAUCUACCGACGUACGCCUAUGCUGCCCUCAAGCUACUUUGUCUUCCACUGCAUGGAGACCCGUCCGAGAACUUCCGUUCCAUAGCCAAACACUUGAUGCCUCAUAUUUUGAUGCAUCGAGCUGGGAACGUGAGCACUGUGUCCCGUCAGUUUCUGAAUGUUCGUGACCACGCAGUGUCGUUUGUUACUACUAUGGUCGACGAAAGCAGUGAUGACAACCGGGAAGGCUUUGAAGAGGUGGUUCAUGUCCUUAUUCACAAUGUGGCCUUACAAGCAGUGGACAAGACGGACUUUCGAGUGAAAACCAGUCAAGCCAUCGCAACACUGAUGAGGAAAUUGAGUGAAGCGAGGCAUAAGGCACUCGUAGAGUGGUUUGAGAGGUUAAUGCUUUCCCCACACUCAAGCAAAAGGGUGUUCGCUCUGGAAAUGAUUUCGGCUCUGAUUUGGAACGAGAGAGUCGUAGAUAGUCGAGAAAGUCUACUCUUGGGAGUUAUGCGAAGAUGUAAUGACAAGGCUUCCACCGUCAAGACAAAAGCCCUGGGAGUCCUGGCUGCGGUCAGCAAUGAGUCGCCCGUGCAGUGGUUGCCACUUCUACAGGGGGCGAGAGAGGAAAACGGUCCUGCGGAGGACGGUGAGACAGACAGCGGCUGCGUGGCCGUUGAAGACGACAGAUCUGUACAGAUGAUGCAGAUGCUAAUGCAUCGCGUAGACGACAGCAAAGUCCACGUGCGGCGUACAGCACUUGUGGUGCUCGAGAACGUGCUGUGUGCUGGUGGAGAGUUCCUCAAGGAAGAGUAUGUUAAAGCACUUCAGGAAAAGUGUGUGGACCCAGCAGUGCUGGUGCGCAAGCAGGCCUUGCAGUGCCUGACCCGAUGCUUGCAAGCCCACUCUCACUGCACCUGGUUGCAGCACCUCUGGCUUGGAGGUGCUCUGCCGUCAGUCUUUGAUGCAGAGACAUCUGUACAGGAGAAAGCAGUUGAAGUGGUCGAGUGUGCUCUCCUCGCACCACUCUGUGCUGCGGAAGGCAAUGGCUCCAGCAAGCUGUCAUGGAGCCUGCUUGAACACCUAGCUGGGGAGCAAUUUCUGGGCUACCACAAGUACCUGCAGAAGGCUAUCGCCAUCCUUGCCAGGAUUGGAAAGCUCAGGCAUGGUAUGCUAAAACGACUGAAGCCUUACAUAUCCGGACCAAAUGAUUCUUCAGCAUGGCUUCUUCUGUCUAAGCUUUCCCUCUUCUGUGAUUUAGGGGAAGCUGAAUUCGCCUUGAAGUACUGGAAGCAGGUAUGCACGGGAACUCAGCAUCCAAACUCUAGUGAGACGCUGCAUUGUGUCCUCCUGGUAAUACGGAAGACUGCCCAUCAUUUAUCUCAAGUCCAACUCAAAGAACUUAUUGUGGACUUUGAGAGACAAUUGAGAGGAGGAAGCCUAUGUGUGGAGACUGUUCCAAAGGCUGUAGAUUGCUUGUGUGCCUUCAUGUGGCUCCUUCACAAAAAUGAAGAGGAGGAGGGGCAGAAAGCUAUCACCAACUGGGGAAAGGCUACGCUGCAUCAUUGCAGUGACUAUUUGUCACCACUGCUGCUGGAGCAGUCUACGAAGCUGGAAGACUGCUCUGAAGAUGAAUUAAUUCAUCACCUGGUGCUCUUGGGUGAAGCAUCACAAGCAGCCCCAACUGCAGUCACCAAUCACAUGCAGUUACUGGUCCAAAGCUGCUUGUCUGCGACAGUUGCUGACACUGGUGCUGCUGCUGCAGAAGGAAGAGAACAUUCUCCUCGUAAAAAGCCCAAGCGUCAGAGGCACACUUUGGUUGUGACAAGUCGAAUUCGUGCACACGCCUUUGUUGCGCUCGGUAAAAUGUGCCUGCAGAACGAAGAGUUCGCAAAGAAGGUGGUGGCUGCUGUUGCUAAGGAACUGGAGCUCAGUGAUGAUCUCGUCAUACGGAACAACGUCAUCGUUAUUCUCUCCGACCUCUGCAAACGCUAUGCCAUCCUCGUCGAUCCUUACCUUCCGUACGUCACCGCCUGCCUCAAGGACCACGAGCCAGAGCUGCGCCAUCUGACCCUGGAGUCGUUGUUUCAGCUUCUCAAACAGGACUUUAUCAAACUGAAAGGGUCACUGUUCUACCGUCUGCUUACGACGCUCGUCGACGAUUCGAAGCUUGUCCAGGAACUUGCAACUUACGGUCUGGGAUGUCAGGUGCACACACGCCAUCCGCACAUCUUCUAUCAAAAGUUUAUUGAGACCAUGUACCACUUCAAUGACUUCCAGAAGAACCAAACGCUCGCCAGGGAUGUGAAUGAUCCACCAGACCCCUUCUCGAUGAGUGGACUGAAGAACUUCGAGAGGCGCAGCAUCAUUUAUAAGUUUAUGCUGGAGCAUGUGACUGAUGAGGAACGCUUCAAGUUAAAUCUGAGCAUCACGCAGAACAUUCUUGCACCCUGUGCCGACAAAGAUGACACCCUGAUAAGACAGUGCCCGUUCUUGUUGAGGGACGCGCUCGCCGUUCUUUGCUUUGAGGAGAUCAAACUGCAGUCCAUCGUAGCCCAAGAAGAGGCUGCAGAAGAUGACGUGGGCCAAGCGAUCCUUCUGGCUGCCAAGAAGAGCAUCCUAAGCAGUGUGGUCAAACAAAAUGUACUGGAAAACGUGGUUCCAGUGGUCAUAGCUUUGAAACGCCGCCUGGAGGAUGAGAGGUCGCCUCUUCUGCGUCAUCUUCUGUUAUUCCUCAGGGAUCUCAUGAGGGACUACAAGAACGAAGUGAAGGAGAUACUCAGCCUGGAUAAGACGACCGCAAGUGAGGUGGCCUUUGAUUUGAAGAGGCUGGAAGAGGAUAAUGCCGCGAAAGGAACGACGACGGGCAUGGCGGCUGUGCAAGGCGAGGAGGGAUCUGCAGAAGGUGCAACUCAUGCAGCAGCGGUGUCCACAUUACAGCAAUAUGUUCACAACAAAAGACAAGUUACAUCACAAAGUGCAGUGGACGGCAGUGUGACUGGCAUUUCUGGAGAAGAAUUAGGCCCGCACUCUGCGGCAGAAGACUCUCACUCGACAUGUGAUACGCAACCACCGCGGUCAGAACGACCUCGUAGUGAAGGACCUGGAACACAGCCGGACGCUACACACGAGCACAGCGAGCACGCGGGGAGUGAUGCAGGUUCGGUGGCUCAAGGUAUGCAAGAUUGCUCCAUCUCUCCAAGGUGUUCAACAUCCACAAAGGCAGCCAGCUGUUCACGAUCCGCGAGGCACAGUAAACCAAGUGACGAUCACAGCACCGUAGUCGUGGCUAAAAAAUUCAGGGGGAAUAAGGACGGCUCUGGAGAGGGAAAACGGGUUGGUAGAAGAAAAACGAAACGUGCUUCGGCUGAUGGAGAACAGACCACCUGAGUCGUUGAGAAAUGUUCACAAAAACUUCCUAGUCCAAUUAGAGGUCGAAUUAAAGAGGUACUAAAGUGCAAACAUUUUACCUCACGGAAUGAAGGAUGCCAUUACUGUGAUGCCCAGCACAAAAGCAAUGGGAUUCAUUGGUUGCACUAUUCUUGGUUUAUGAGCAAAAGAAACUGCAAUUUAUACUUUCCCUCUCUCUUUCCUUCUCAAUAGGCGCAACAAUGUGGAGAGGCCUUUGAUUGGUCUCCCCAAACGAUCUCCCGCAAUGUUUGGGCAAGUCAUUUGGGGAAGCCAAUGGGAGCAACGGAUGAAUCCCGUUCCCUUUGUCUCGGUGUCAACGUAAUUGCAUCUCUUAUUCUGCUACAUAAAGUUUUUGCAUUUUAGUGCCACCUCUAAAGAAAGGAAGGACAUUUCCUACUGACACAGUGACUUGACUGUGCAUUUUGAGACUCUGGUUGGUUACUGUUCAAAGCCUGAGCAUUUAUACUUGCAUAAGGCACUGUACCAGUGCUUGAUUUGUUGACAGAGCUUAGAUUGGAUAACCAAAGAAAAAGGUAACGAAUCAAAGUAAUCAUUAAUGCAACUGGGGAAACUUAUUGAAGCUGUCUUUACUAGGACCAAAGUAGUCAUUAUUCCUCGGGCCAGUGAGCUCACAAACUGAAAUGUACAAUAGCGAUAGGAUGUGCUAUAUGAGUGUGUCAUUCAUUUAGUAUUCAGAUUCCUUUUCUAGUAAGUAUGGUGUAUGACCAGAUUUUCUGGUCAAUGGGCAGUGCACUGAUCUUUUCUGCUUUCACUACUGCCUGUGAUGUGUUAAAUCAGUUUGUUUCCUUUCCGUUUAAUUACCAUGUCUUUUAUUUGACAUGCAGAAAUCAUGCGCAUUUGUUCUGCUGGCCAGCAUAUUAUGCAUCUGUGCUUUGACUUCCAGUGUCAAGUCAGUUGCAUACUAUUCCUACUUCACUAUGCCACAGAAAGAUGUAGCGUGUGCAUAGUGUGUGCCGUGAGCAGAGAGAACAGUCGUUUCAUCUGACACUACGUCAUGGUAGUCUGAAAUGUUCUAAACAGGUUUAGUCUCACCAUUCACGUCUGUAAAUAGUGUUGACCGGGAGACCACCAUAAUGCGUGCACGGGAGUGACACAAAUCAUGUUUUCUUCAUCAUUACAUCAAUGGUCAUUUCUUAUUUGACGGUAAGAACUUCUAGAUACACAAGGAAAGUGUUCCUUGAGAAUGCACCACCGGUUGGAAUAUAUGUUCACAUGGAGCACUGAAAAUUUGUGUUUUAUAGAAUAAAUCAUAUUAGCAUGCA